UAGUGUUUUUUUUUAAUAACAUUCAUAAGUUAGUCAAAAUGUUUGUACUAAAACCAGAUACAUUAAGACGAAUUGAUUUCACUUCAAUUCCAUUCGAGAAACACCUUUUAGUCAACUUCCUGCUUCGACUGGCUCUAAUAGUAUUUAGUAUGAUACAGGACAAAACCGCCGAAGUUCCAUAUACAGAUAUUGAUUAUAGAGUAGUUACUGAUGGGGCACGGCAUGCCUUGAAUGGUGAAUCACCAUUUGAUCGUCAUACUUAUCGGUAUAGUCCCUUGCUGGCUUUUCUCAUGAUCCCUAAUUUAAUCGUGCAUGAAAGCUUUGGCAAAGUACUGUUCUCUUUAUGUGAUAUAAUGUCAAGCGUUCUGAUAAGAAGCAUCGUUUUUAACGAAUUGAAACAAGGUUAUAUACCUAAGAGCAAGCAGCAUUCAAAAAAGGGGGACGCCACUUCAAGGACUCCAGACAAGUACCGAAAGUGGUCAGAAAUUGCCGCUUACAUUAUGCUUUAUAAUCCUAUGGGAAUAAUAAUUUCGUCUCGAGGAAGCAAUGAUGCUGUAUCCAACUUUCUUAUUCUCCUGACAUUCUACUAUAUCCAAAAAGCAAAUGAUAAUCUAAAAUAUUCCUUCUGUGCCGGAAUCUUUCACGGGCUAGCAAUACAUUUCCGAAUUUUCCCAAUUAUUUUCAGUUUGGCGUACUACCUAACUUUAUCGGGUAGUAACCAGAGUAUUUGGAAAGCACUUUUAUUGCCAAACAAAAAGCAGAUUUGCUUAGCGUUUACUACAGUUGUAACCCUUUCCACAGUAACGUUUUUUUUCUAUCGAUUUUACGGCCUCCAAUACAUUCAAGAAGCCUAUUUGUAUCAUUUCAGUCGUAUUGAUAUACGUCACAAUUUUUCCCUUUACUUUUUAAUGCAAUAUUUGAGUUCGGAUAUAAAGCAAACGUUUUUAGAAAAGUUGUUGACCUUACUCCCAAGGGUUGUUAUUUUAUUCUAUCUCAGUGUAACUUUCGGUCGAAAACGCAGCUCCCUGGCUUUUUGUAUCUUUGCCCAAACAUUUGUUUUUGUAACAUUCAAUACAGUAGUCACAUCUCAAUACUUUGUUUGGUAUUUAGCUCUUUUGCCACUAUGUUAUCCAAACUUCUGUCAUGUUGGACUUUCAUUCUUGAUAAGAAACGCAUGCCCUUGGCUGUUUGCACAAGCAUUCUGGCUACUAUCGGCUUAUCUUCUAGAAUUCAAAUGUUGGAAUACUUUCAAUCUCAUUGGAAUUCAAUCUGUAGUAUUUUUUCUAGCGAACAUUUUUGUAUUAGCAAGACUUAUUCACAGUUUCAAUGAUUCAUUGAACUUAAAAUGAAAGAAAUUUUAUUGUACGAAGAUUGCAAUAAUAAUGUUUUUUUACUGGAAAA